AUGGCUGCUACUGGUGGAAUGAAUGAUUUUUCAUCAGAAAUGGAGGUGGAUGCUUUUAGACGCCUUUUUCCUUUACGGUUUCACGAGCGCCACCUUGUUGAAUCGAUUAGGCCCGACGGUCGGCCCCUUGAUAGAGCUCGAGACACGACACUCGUGCUCGGAGCUGUGGCAUCUGCUAAUGGGUCAGCACUGGCGAAGAUAGGUUGCACCACCAUGUUAGCUGCCAUUAAAAUGGAAGUCAUGACUCCGACUGUGGAGGCACCCGAUGAAGGUUGCAUAGCCAUUGAUUUUCACAUGCCCCCCAUUUGUUCUCCACUCGUUCGCCCUGGCAGGCCUGCAGAAAUUGCUCCCAUAUUAGCUAAACAGUUAUCGGACUCCAUUUUGAGGCAAGGAAAAUACACGACUUCGUCCUUACUGAUGGGAUUUAAUUUAGUAACCUUUCUCACUGUAAAAUUUGGUUUGCAGGACAUAUACUGUUUGGAUGCUGAUGGUGCCCUUUUUGAUGCAGCUUUGCUUUCUGCAGUGGCAGCCUUCUCGCAUCUGCAAAUCCCGAUAGUCUCUCUCAAUGAUGACGGUCGAGUUGUUCUUGUAUCCGAGGACAGCAAAGGAAGAGCCACAAAGCAAAGAGAACCCGUCAAUAAAGAGAAGAGAAAGCUCAGGCUGAAUGUGGUACCAUUUGCACUAACAUGUGUACUUUACAAGGACUACAUUCUGGCCGACCCCACCUCUGAGGAAGAGUCGAUUAUGGAGACGUGUCUGACCGUGGUACUCAACUCGUCUUUUCAGCUCGUCUCGUUUAAUAAACCUGGUGGGCCCGGUCUGGCACAUGCAUCAGCAAUCCAGGACUGCAAAUCGUUAACGAGACAACGAGUGAAAGAACUUGAGAAGAUUCUGAAUGUAGCAAUCUCUGAUAUGGAAGUCGACUGA